AUAUAGUAUAAAUAUAUAUUUAUACUAGUACUAUACAAAUUAGUACUAUAUCGAAAUGAAAUCGAAAUAAGUGGAAUGUAAAUAAAAUAGGAUUAAUUCCAAUCAAUAAAUCUUAAAACGCAACAUGGAAACACAGCAAACAAACGAAACUAGACGAUUCGAUCAAACUGAAUUGUUGUUUUGACUAAACAAACAGUUGCGGAUGACUUGACAAUGAAUUCCAGGUCGAAGCGACUAAUCCGAUCUAUUUUCACAUUCAUAGGAGUUCGUCUAUGUUUCUGCUUUACGAAUAUGAUAUUUUCUGGGCAUUUCUAAUAAUAUCAAGUGCUAUUCCUAUUUUGGCAUUUCUAAUUUCUGGAGUUUUAGCCCCGAUUAGAAAGGGUCCAGAAAAACUUUCUAGUUAUGAAUCGGGUAUAGAACCAAUGGGCGAUGCUUGGUUACAAUUUCGAAUCCGUUAUUAUAUGUUUGCUCUAGUUUUUGUUGUUUUUGAUGUUGAAACGGUUUUUCUUUAUCCAUGGGCAAUGAGUUUCGAUGUAUUGGGGGUACCCGUAUUCAUAGAAGCUUUCAUUUUCGUGCUUAUCCUAAUUGUUGGUUCAGUUUAUGCAUGGCGAAAAGGAGCAUUGGAAUGGUCUUAGUUCCUGAAUAUUCAGAUAAUAAAAAGAAAGAAAAAAGUCAAAAUAAUAAUACCAUUGAGUAUGAAUUCCAUCGAAUUUCCCUUACUUGAUCGAACAACCCAAAAUUCAGUUAUUUCAACUACAUUAAAUGAUCUUUCAAAUUGGUCAAGACUCUCCAGUUUAUGGCCGCUUCUUUAUGGUACCAGUUGUUGCUUUAUUGAAUUUGCUUCAUUAAUAGGCUCACGCUUCGACUUUGAUCGUUAUGGGCUGGUACCAAGAUCGAGUCCUAGACAGGCAGACCUAAUUUUAACAGCUGGAACAGUAACAAUGAAAAUGGCGCCCUCUUUAGUGAGAUUAUAUGAACAAAUGCCCGAACCUAAAUAUGUUAUUGCUAUGGGCGCGUGUACAAUUACAGGAGGGAUGUUCAGUACUGAUUCUUAUAGUACUGUUCGGGGGGUCGAUAAGCUAAUUCCCGUGGAUGUCUAUUUGCCGGGCUGUCCCCCUAAACCCGAGGCAGUUAUAGAUGCUAUAACAAAACUUCGUAAGAAAAUAUCUCGCGAAAUCUAUGAAGAUCGAAUUAGAUCUCAACAGGGGGAUCGGUCACCAGGCGGACUGUUAGCCAGUGUGUAUCAUCUUACGAGAAUAGAGUAUGGUGUAGAUCAACCGGAAGAGGUAUGUAUAAAAGUAUUUGCUCCAAGGAGUAACCCUAGAAUUCCGUCUGUUUUCUGGGUUUGGAAAAGUUCGGAUUUUCAAGAACGAGAAUCUUAUGACAUGUUGGGAAUCUCUUAUGAAAAUCAUCCACGGCUGAAACGUAUCUUAAUGCCCGAAAGUUGGAUAGGGUGGCCUUUACGUAAGGAUUACAUUGCCCCCAAUUUUUAUGAAAUACAAGACGCUCAUUGAAUGAUAAGAAACUAAUUACAACUUCGAAUAUUCAAGGAAUUUGUACAUUUUCUUCUAGCUCAAACAGAGGAAUUGAGGUUUCAUUCGUAUUCUUAUGGAUAGGCUAAUAAAUAAAAAGAAAUAAAAGACAAUACAUCAUUGAGAUUCUCGAUUUUUGAAGAGACUUUUUUAUUUAUUUUAUUUCGGACGAGCCGAGACAAUAGGAUGAACAACAAGGGUUCUGUACCGUGAACUUUGUAUCGCGCACAUCACUUAGAUGAACUCUAGAGAGUCGCAUAGAAGGGAAUGAAGAAAUGGAAUAUGAAAGAGAAUACAAAGAAAUAAAUGAAAGGGGAUCGGCUUCUAUUUGUACUGUAGCUGAGAUGAGUCUUGGUUAUUUCUAUCCUUGAACUCCUCUAGACCCGUCUUUUUGUUGGGCCUUUCAACCAACUAUUUUAAUCUUUUAAUUAAAUAUGUAUGAAGUAUUACCAUUCUUUUUGAAUGUGAGAAGCCGCAGUGUGAACAAAUAAAAAAGAAGAGGAAAGAUAAGCAAAUUUUGUCUUUUACUACAUUAUAAUAGACACAUUAGAAUAGACUCUUUGCUCAUUUUAAAAAGAGAAAAAAAUACAAAAUGAAAUAAAUAAAGAGAGGGUUUACUCUCAGAUACCUAGCUAGAUAAGUAUGUAUUAUGUCGAUCCAUAUCAAUUAAUUUGUAGAGUAGAUACUCAUACAAAUUAAUCAUAUGCCAGGAACCAGAUUUGAACUGGUGACACGAGGAUUUUCAGUCCUCUGCUCUACCAACUGAGCUAUCCCGACCAUUACCGACGCAUUAUCCUCAUAAUACUAGAUGACUUGGGUCUAUGUCAAUUAAAAUGAAAACAAAAAAACGAAAAAGUAUUAAAUUAAAGGUCUCGAACAGGAAUUUCUUGGAUCUUCAAAAGGAAGACUUUGUAAAUUUCCAUAUGAGUAAUCAUAUGUAUUAUGAAUCAUUCAAAUCAAAUAGGUAUUCCUUGCUCAAGAGAUUUCUACGUAUAUCAUAUAUAUCACAAUAUAUCACACUCUAUCACAAGACUUGUGAUAAGAGAACAAAAUUCUGCUAUGCUAGGAUACGCUUGUAAAACGGCAAAGAAUAGGAUGAAUGAGAAACAUAAGGAACUUUGAACCACUAACAAAAGGGUAGGAUAAAAUAAAUAGACAGCAAACGGGCUUUUUGGGGUUGGGGAUAGAGGGACUUGAACCCUCACGAUUUUUAAAGUCGACGGAUUUUCCUCUUACUAUAAAUUUCAUUGUUGUCGGUAUUGAUAUUGACAUGUAGAACGGGACUCUAUCUUUAUUCUCGUCUGAUUAAUCAGUUUUUCAAAAGAUUUAUCAGACUAUGGAGUGAAUGAUUUGAUUAAUGACUAUUCUAUUCGAUUCUUUCUUCAACUUGGAAUCGAUUCACAACAAUUCUUUUUAUUUUUCAUAUUUUCAUAUAAAUAUAAAUUGAUUUUGCAUAUAAUAGAAAUAAAAAAAAUACGGGUUCGGUUCGUCUUUUUUGAGAUAGUUUUUCAUUAGUAUACCUAUAAAAAAAUAGGUAUAUCUUGCAUCCUUUCUAGAGUUUCGAUAUUCGAUAUAAGGAUUCCUUUACCAACAGUCAACCCCAUUUGUUAGAAUAGCUUCCAUUGAGUCUCUGCACCUAUCCUUUCCUUUUUUUAUUAUUCUCGCUUGCUGAACCUUUGUUCAUGUUUA